UUCAGUUACUUCAACCAUUUCAAUUCAAUCAUAUACAACUAGCUAGAUUUGUGCAAUUUAAUUGUGAAAGAAGGGAGGAAAAUAUGGCUCAAUUUCAUAAGUUGGAGAAAGAAGUGGAACUCAAAUGUUGUGCAGACAAGAUUUUCCAAAUGUUUUUAGCCAAUCAGUCCAAUAUUCCCGACGUCUGUUCCCACAAUGUUCAAAGCAAUAAGGUACUCCAAGGUGGCUGGACAUGCGUGGGUAGUACAAGAAAAUGGGACUGUGUCAUCGAUGGGAAAGCACAAUGCAUCAUUGAGAGGAUUGAUGCAAUUGAUGAGGAGAACAAGAUUAUAUAUCGUAGCAUGGUUGAUGCAGAUAUAUUAAAGAUUCAUUACAAGACAUUCGCGAACAAAUUCCAAGUAAUUCCAAAGGAGAACGAAUGUUGCGUGUUGAAACUUACUUUUGAAUAUGAGAAAAUAAAUGAAGAUGCACCUGAACCUCAUCAGAUUAUGGAGUUUUCACUUGAUACCAUCAACAAACUUGCAUGUCACCUUGCUAGUGCUAACUAAUUAAGGACAAAAAGAAAUGUUGUCGCUAGCUACUUAAUUAACACUAUGUUAUGAGCAUGUGUGCUAGCUCCAAUCAUUUCUAUUUUAUGUACGUAUAAAUAAAGUAUAUAUAAUAUACGUACAUGUGUGCUAGAUCUUAAAGUAUUAAUAUUCCUAAUAUUUUUAUUUUAUAUACGUAUAUAUAAAUAAACGCGAGUAUCAGUUA